AUGGUUCGCUCAUUCGGCUCGGCCCUCGUGCUCGCCCUGUUCACUCAUCUCUUGCUCGCCGAUGGGGUUGGCGAUUCGGCGUUCCAGGCCCGAGUGAGACGCCAGGAAGAACCCACAGCUUCGCCUGACCCUCCGUCCGCUCCCCCAAGCGAGCCCCCGACCGCUCCCCCGACCGAGCCGCCGGCCCCGACCACGUGUGAAUAUCCGUUCGUAUGCUACACCCAGGAAUGGAUGAUAACGCAGGGCAUGAAAGUUCCGGUCCCGGAUCCCGAGCUCUGCAAAAAGUCCACUGAAGGAUGCCAAGCACCUGCCUGCGAACUUGGGCAUGUCUUUGCCGACAAGUCUGGGGCCAAGAACUGGAUAGCCGAAUGCGAUCCGACCGCGCUGUUUUGCAAACCAGACUCGACCGAGGCUGGGUGUAUCAAACCGACCCCCGUGCAAUCGCUGAUCGACUUGGAACUGGUCGUGCAGAAGGAAGGCGAUGAAAAAGACAAGAAUUGGGAAUAUAUCCUAUUCCCGUUCAACUUUUGCACGCGACAAAUGAUUAUUGCUGGCAGUUGCCCAGCUGACAGGUUCGAAAAGUUCAACCCGGCCCAGCUGACCCUAUCUCCGAAAUACGUGCCCAUGUGCGACGCCGGAUAUGUGAUGCCAAAAAGCCUCCGCACCGGCGCCAAGUCUACCUGGUCGUGCCUUUUCAACAUCCAUCAGGCGGCCGGGAUGCUGCCCGAGGCAUUGGAGGUGGCCGGCGAAGGAGAAGAUUGGGAUGUUCUACGUCCGGGGGGCCUUUGCCCCGACCAUCAUCAACAUCAGCACCACGGAAGAAAGCCAUGCCCCCUGGCCCCGAUCUGCUCUGAUGUCGAAAGCGGACGGUAUCUCCCUGCUAUCCUCGCCGAACUGGGCAUGAAGUUUGAGAAGCCGACGUAUUGCAACGAGCUAUGCUACUACAAAGGGCGAGGCCGAAGUGAAGCGGGGAUCAAGGAUGACCGUGAAGACUGCAUCUGGCCGGGCGUCAUCAUCGACAAGGCACCUGUGUACAUCGGCUCGUUCCCCUACAGCUUUUCUGGCCCGUUCGCCGACUGGCUGGACGAUAAGGACUUUUCGGCGAUGACUUUGGCCGAGGCAGCCGACCGCCCGGCGCCCACCGACACGAGUAACCUCAAGUACCCGCGCUGCUACAAUAUCACCAAGCGGCCGGAUAUCAUGGUGGCGAAUUUAUUAAAUCAUUACGAGCUUGAGGAGCAAAAGGUGUGCGCUGGAGUGUUCCCCGACGCGGCUCUGGAGGAAGAGCAACCCUCGCUUGGUGUCAUUUUUGGAAUCUUUGGCGGAGUGACCGUGCUUCUGUUCGUCAUCGGAUUGUUCGUCGUCAUCAGCUGCAACAAGUCGUCCGGCGGUGACAUUAGUGGCGAGAAAGGCAAGGGCAAGAAGAAGAAGUCGGGCGGCGGAGGCGGCGAAUCGAAGGAGGCCAGGUCGACGGCCCAGAACGACGAGGAGAAGAAGGAGGGCGAGGAGGAGAAGCCCGCCGAAUCUGUGCAAGCCAAGACUGAUUUGGACUCGGUCCAAGCG